CUUCUUUCGUUACCUCCUCGUUGCUUUCCUCCAGGUUCAUUUCACGUUCCAAAUUCUUCAGCUCUGUCAACUAAAUACUUCAGCUGUAGCUGACCUCAAUUGCAUCUCGGAUAGAAUCAUGUCACAGAUCCCUUCACCAUUCAAUCAUGUCGAGCAGCGAGCAGUUUCAUGGUGAUCAAUUGCGUUUGACUUCAUUCCUGGCCGUGAUCAAUCGCAUCCCUCAGCGAUCUCAGCGGAGGGGCUGGCGAUGCUUCUCUGUACUUGAGCCCGAUCGGAAGGCUGCUACUCCAGUUUCCUCUCUGUUACGAGGCAACGCUGAUGCUCGCCGCCCAAAUGAGACAUUGGCAUGUGAAUCUCCUAUUGAAAUUGUCGAAGUCCAUUCGAAUCCAUUCGAAGAUUUCAGUGCCACAGAAUCCAAUCAUACAGUCGAAGAUCCACAAGAGACAGCAUUGACUUUCUCGCACUCUUUUCACGGGGAUGGUGAUAUACCCCUGAUUCAAGCAGAUACGCCGUCUCCAACGAGCAGAAAUUGCAUCCAGAAGCGAAAGGCAAGGCAGGUUGCUGAUAUCUCGCAAUCAAAUGACGCACUUGCUCAAACAAGAAGAACAAUUGUGCAUGAACUUUCCCUUGUCAGGACAUUAACCAAUGAUGAUCUUGUCGAACACCAUGGAGACGCGAGGUCACCCGUUGUUCCAAUCGAAGAAGUCGACCCUAUCGAAGACAGCCAAACCAUCUCAGAUAUCAAACUGUCUAAGUCUAGACUCAAUUGCGCGGUCAAGCCGAGUAAGGUUUUGCAGCGAGCACGCAUCAAAGGUGUUAAAAGUCCAGAGCAACCAGCAAAUACAAGGACUCGCAGACGGUAUUUCGAGAACUCGCAGGAAAUAUCGGAUGGUUUCUCCCCGGCCGAGCUGCAUAGUGAACCUCAUUUUGCCACGAAGGUCGUAGCGAGACGUACACGGCUUCGUCGGGGCAAGCUGCCACCUGCUGAUGUACCCAUACGGGAGCUUACGCUUGUGGCUGGAGCCUGUCCUAGCCCUCCUUCGCCGGAAUCUGUUGUUUUACGAUCAGAUUUCGUUGGUACUUUCCAAUCUCUGGACAGCACUGGACAUCAUUCGAGCACCUCAAGUCUGGCUCCCGACAUCAACAUGGAAAUGGUCCACUGUUCGCCCACCCCAAGCAAAACUAUGAUCACGAGUACGGCCAGCAAACAAGUUAGUCUCCAAUUGUCACGAAUCACUGCCCCUGAAAGAGCCGAAAGUGAUUCGGGGACGGAAUACAGUCAGGCAGGCAGUUUCAUGUCGAGCAAUGUCGAAGAACUAGAAUGACCCAACCAAUAAUUUCAUCAUUGCACACAAUGAGUUCCACAUUCGCAGGGCAAAGAGCAACAGGCAAUGAGGAACUUUCCUCUAACAUGACACAGCCAUCACCACCCCAUUUAUCAAUGGGAAAAAGAG